UCUACUUAAAAUGAUCUAGUCGCAAACAAAAAAGCAAAAUAAACAAUAAUAACUUGAAUGCAAGUGCUCAAGCCCCCUGAUCGACUGAGGGUGUCCAUCGCGUGACGAGCGGGCCGGGUAGAAAAUGGUGUCAUCGUUCAGCAGUGAAGCAGGAACUUGAGAGCGAAAAAAACUAGGUCUUCACUGCGCAUGCGCAGCGGUAUUGUCCUUCUUUGAUGGCGGCGUCCAUGGUCUUUGAGCGCUCUGAAACGUGAUUGUUUGGGCAUUGCAAAGAUCAAACUAGCAUUGAAUGUUCAAUUUUAGGAAUGGACUCAUCCCAGCCUGAAAAUGGUUUGGUGAUGAAAGAAACGAUUGAGAAAAUGUCAGUGGAUCAUGUUGCAGAACCCUGGCAAAAUGGUGACAGGACAGAUGCUCAUGACUGUAAGCACAAGGAUCUGGCCACCACUGAAGGUGUGCCACAAGGCAAGUCUGCUCAGCUUAUGAGUCUGAGUCCUGUCUCGCCAGUGCUGGAAGGCACACUGACUGAUGGUAACAAGAUGGCGGAGCCGGUUGGAGAUGGAGAAGAUAUGGAGCAGGAGGUGAAGGAGCCCAGUGGGAACACAGCGACGACGGGGGAUGAGGAUAAGGCGAACAGAGUUGAGUGCGCAGGGGAAGGCGAGGGUUCGGCGGAGGCUGAGAUCAAUUGUCGAGGCCAGAAUGAUGAUAGAGAUGUUUUGUUGCAGGAGCUGGAUGAAAAUGAGUUGCUAGGUGGAGAUGAGAAGGAGUUGCUGGAGGAGGACAUGGAGGUAGAUCCCAGCAAGGCAGAACCUGAGGCUGUCGGUGGUGGGGUAGAGAAAGGGUUGGGUACUUCUGAUGACCUAGAGCUUGAAUUGUCUACUGGCAGUGAGGAGAUCCUGCUAGCUGACGGUGAGAAGGAGGUUUCCGAUGAAAGGGUAAAAGAAGCGACAGCUGACAGUGAGAAAGACGUGUCCGUCGACAAGGAAGAAGAUCCCACAGCUGACACUGAGAAAAACGUGUCUGUUGACAGGGAAAAAGAUGUGACAACUGACAGGGGAAAAGGUGCAACAGCUGGCACUGAAAAAGAGGUGUCGGUUGACACGGAAAAAAGUGCAGCAGCCGAGAGUGAGAAAGAUGUGGAAAAAGGUGCUAUGUCUGUCAGCGAGAAAAAUGUUUCAACUGACAGGGAAAAAGAUAAGUCCACCGACAGGGAGAAAAAUGUGUCAGCCGAGAGCUCUUCUGAGGAAAGCAGGCUUUGUGUUGAAGAGGAAGGUAAGUCGGAAGGUGAUGAGAAAAGUGUGGCAGUUUGUGCUGAGAAAGUGGUUCCAGAUAGUGAAAGAAACGUGUUGUCUGGUGAAAGUUUGCAGGUUGACACAGAGCAGAGUGGGCCAGCUGGUAGCCAGAGUGACAUAUGCUCAGGUGAUAGGAAGUGUUCGCCUGCCGGUACUGGAAGUGGUAUUGAUUCUGUUGGUAAGGACGGAGAGCUCAGUGAUAGCAAAAAGGCCUGUGAUGAAGUAAUGUUGUCGGGCACGCAGGUCAACUUGACAGUGGGCUGUGUGUCCAGUUUUGAAAGUCCCCCUGUCACUGAGACGACUUCUUCUGUGCUGGACAUUUCUACAUCGGCCACAAAGAGUCCUGCUCAGGAGGUGAGGGAGGAGGGGAUGCCAGAGGUAGUGCAGGAAAAGGAAAAGGAGGAGAAAAUGGUGAAUGAAGAGGAGGAGACGAUACUGAAAGAGGCGAGUAAAGAGGAAGUAAUAGAUCAGGAGAUGAUGCCUGAGGAGAUUGAGAAAGAGAAGGGGGUAGAGGACAAAAUGGUGCCUGAAGGGGUGAGGAAAGAGGAGGGAAUGGAGGAGGAGGUUUUGCCAAAAGAGUUGAGGAAAGAAGAGGGAAUGGAGGAGGAAGUGGUGCCCAAAGAGCAGGGGUUGAAAGAAGUGGUAAUGCCUAAAGAGGUGAAGUCAGGGGAGGAGAUGGUGCCUGAAGAGGUGAAAGGGGAAAAGGAGGUCAAAGAGGUAAGGGAGGAGGAGGAGGAGGUCACACAAAUAGAAAAGUCUUCUUCGUUCCCUCCACCCAUUUUUGAAGACAUUACGGAGGAUGAAGAUUCUGAAGAUGAUGACGAAAAUUUAGAAAACAUUGAACUUGAAUUGGAUGACUUGAUUGAUCCAGCCGAGCUGUCUAAAAGUAACAGCAGCAGUGGUAGUGAUAGAGAGAAGGAGAAAGACGGUGAGGAAAAAGAGGAUCCUGCCAGUUUGAAGAAAUCCUUGGCAGAUGGGGAAGAUAAAGUCAUCUUACGGCUGGACAUGAGUAUGGUGAAAGACAGCAAGCGAGAGGCUGUGGCUGCUGCUGGACGGUCUCCCCUAACAAGAUCGUCUAGUGACCCCCACAUCAAUGCAAGUGAAGAGAACGAUGUUGAAAGGGAGCGUCCAAGGUCGUCCAACGAUGUUAGAGCUCAACCGGCAGCUGAGACUUGCGAGGUCCGUGGUGAGACCAAAUUCACCCUGCUCAAGUCUUCGGACACAGAAAACUCAGGCAGUGCCACAAAUCCUGUUAACCCGCCAGUGCCGAAGAGGUCGAAGUUAACAGCGCGCAAGUCUGGAAAGCCAGUCAGUUUGUUGUCAGAAACAUCGCCGCUCAAGACCAUUAACCUCCACCCCAUCAAGAACGUGACUAUGAAACUUUCGGACAUCGAGGAUGUCCUGGACAUUGAACCAGGCAAAGAGGUGAGUGGCCGGGUGCUGGACAAGUCCGCAUGCCAGGUCAGUCCUAACAGUUUCUCGGACUCGGCUCUCAGGAUUGUGUCGGGCCUCAAGAAGAAGCGAGGGCGGAAAAACACCUAUAACUUUCCAGGGUAUAAGAAAAAGAGCAAGAAACUCAAACUGUUGGACGAUCUGGGCAGCUCUGGUUCAUCUGCGGAAAGUGUGUCGUAUUCUGAUGGGGAUCUUCACGAUGGUGACUCUAAGGAGGCUGUGUCUUCUAUACGUGAGACAUCUAUAGAUAGUUCUUUGCACCACAGUAAAACCUCUACCUCCUCAACAAAGACUGAGUCUCCCACUCAAAGUGAGAAAUCCACCCUGUUACAUUUCCUGUCCAAGCCAGACUCCCUGCCAUCCACACCGUCCUCGUUUUCUUCUGUCUCUGUGUCCUCCUCUUCACCACUGCUCCCCUCUGGCAGUGAUGCGGUCAAGUCCAAAAGCCCAGAAGAGUCAAGCCCGGUAUCUACCUCCAGCAAGUCGUCCAUGAAGCCCAACAAGAAGAUGAAGACCGUGCUGGAAAUGUUACACGAGAGAAGUCGUCUCAAGGCAGAGCAAGAAGAGAAGAAGUCCGCGCCGGGCAACACAGUAGUCACCAGCACCACCACUGCCACCACCACCACUUAUAUUGUUUCCCCUCCACCCAACAAGCCCAUCAUAGAAACGAGCGUCAAACGGAAAGGAACGCCAAGAAAACGUCGGGACGAUGUUAUAUGUCUGUCUGAUUCUGAUGAUGAAGUGCAAACAAAGCCGCAAAAAGAAGGCAAGCGACGGAAAGAUGGCAGUGCUGAGGCUGUGUCACUGCUGGUGGCUGCCACCACAGCUUCCUCCCUCCCUGUAGCCUCAGUGUCCAUGGCGACCUCUGUUACCUCCACUGGUCGCUUAAAGUCUCAUGGUGUGACAGGCGCAAACAGCCAAUCGCCAGUCGUAAUGGUGGUGGCCCAACAUGCCAGUUCCGCACCCGGCCUUCGCUCUCUCUUGCCGAGACACGCCCACCCCUCCACUGCCUCUGGUCUAGGCGGCAAGGUGCUUCAGCCCACGGCCUCGGGGGUAUUGGGGUCAUUCCCACUUAUCUCCACGCUCCCUGUGGGGGCUAAAGCCAUCAGUGUGGGGAGCCUACCCCCCGGGAUGACGGCAGUCCCCAUCACUUCCCUGCCCCCGGGUUCCCCUCAGACCAUGACGUUUUUCACCACUGUGCCCCCCAGUCCCGGGGGCGCCCCCCUUCCCGUCUCGCUCAGUGCCACAAACUUCAUUGGUGUGCCUGGCGCCAAGCAGCCUUCCUCUGCCCUCAGCUCACAGCUCAAGACCAAGUCCUUGAUUUCAUCCUCAUCCUCGUCCACUUCCGUUGCAUCCAGCACAUUCUCAUCUUCACUUUCAUCAUCAUCCUCGUCGCCAUCAUCCUCGUCGACGUCAGCCAAAUCCAAGUCGUCACCCGCCGUGGCUCAAGUGAGCUCGGACUCCCUCCGUGCCCUGUUGGUGGGCAAGCCCCACACGUUCGCUCGCGUGAGCGUGGCCUCCUUCAUGAACCCGUCUCAGAUGUCCUCCACGCCCAUGCUGCUCCAGAUGGUGCCUAGCUCUGCAGCCGGACUCUUACCCGUGGUCACUUUAGGCUCUGCAGCCAGCUUGCCAGGUCUGGUCAAGACGUCAGUGGCUUCGUCGCGCAGCUCGUCCAUCAAGUCCAGCUACUCCCUCAUCAAGCCACAGGCCUCGGUGGUGCCCAACGGCGUCUCCUGCCUCACCCCGCCCAAGACACCUACCUCCAAUGGGGCCUCGGAGAUGGCGGUCGCGGCGGGACUCACACGGCCCGUGUCGGGUCAGGUGGAGGACAGCGAGGUGAUCCCACUGUGUAGCUGUAAGAUCAACGGUGCUUCCUUCAGCAAGCUCACCAACUCCCUCACCUACUGCCAGGCCCUCGACUCUGUGGACCACAAGGUGCUAGGCUGCUGUAACAAAGUGACCAACCCUCAGCUGGUUCGUCCAGGGGUCAAGAUUCCAUUCAUGGCUGUGUGUGAGGUACACCGCAGGAGGCUGAAGCUACACCAGUGUUGUCCAGGCUGUGGUCACUUCUGUACUCAGGGCAAGUUCCUGCAGUGCCGACGGGAGGGUAAGUCCUCGGUGCACAACUUCCACAAGCAGUGCAUGUUCUACCGCGGGGGCAAGUACUUCUGUCCCCACUGUGGCGAGGAGACCAGCCAGUGUGAGGUCGACCUGCGCCUCUCUGAGGAGAAGAAGCCAGAGGAGCUGAAGGUGUCUUCACGCCCUGCACGCAGGGAGGCAGAACGCAAGACAGCUCGCAUGGGCCCAGACAAGAACUUCAUCAAGAGCAAGUCGACAAAUGAGCCAAAGGCAAAGACUCUCAGGCUUUCCAACAAGUCUGUUAGUUUAGACACGAUGUUGCUGGGUCCUGAUCAGCUGGCUCUGAAUAGAAUCAACCGCUGCCUCAGUGAGGACAGGCCCAAGAAAUACCGCACUCUGCCCAAAGACCUGUACACACCAGCGUACGAGGGAGACAUGGAGAAAGUCUUUUACUUGCUGGUGGACGGCAUGGACCCCAACAUGAGGUAUGAGAACCAGGAGGGCCAGACAGCACUACACGCUGCAGCCACCUCGGGUCACAUGGGAACAUUGUUCUUGCUACAGCAGUUUGGCGGUGAGACCCACGCUCAGGACAAGAACCUGAGGACCCCCAUGAUGUGUGCGGCGGAGAAUGGACAUCUCAGUGUGGUACAGUUCCUCAUCAAGGUCGGGGCCAAGGUGGAGGACAGGGGUGAGGACGGGAUGACCAGUCUGCACUACGCAGCCAAGGCAGGAUACAUAGACAUUAUACGUCACAUCCUAGAGACCAAGCAGCUUAAUGUCAAUGUGCAGGGCAAGUUCCUGCAGUGCCGACGGGAGGGUAAGUCCUCGGUGCACAACUUCCACAAGCAGUGCAUGUUCUACCGCGGGGGCAAGUACUUCUGUCCCCACUGUGGCGAGGAGACCAGCCAGUGUGAGGUCGACCUGCGCCUCUCUGAGGAGAAGAAGCCAGAGGAGCUGAAGGUGUCUUCACGCCCUGCACGCAGGGAGGCAGAACGCAAGACAGCUCGCAUGGGCCCAGACAAGAACUUCAUCAAGAGCAAGUCGACAAAUGAGCCAAAGGCAAAGACUCUCAGGCUUUCCAACAAGUCUGUUAGUUUAGACACGAUGUUGCUGGGUCCUGAUCAGCUGGCUCUGAAUAGAAUCAACCGCUGCCUCAGUGAGGACAGGCCCAAGAAAUACCGCACUCUGCCCAAAGACCUGUACACACCAGCGUACGAGGGAGACAUGGAGAAAGUCUUUUACUUGCUGGUGGACGGCAUGGACCCCAACAUGAGGUAUGAGAACCAGGAGGGCCAGACAGCACUACACGCUGCAGCCACCUCGGGUCACAUGGGAACAUUGUUCUUGCUACAGCAGUUUGGCGGUGAGACCCACGCUCAGGACAAGAACCUGAGGACCCCCAUGAUGUGUGCGGCGGAGAAUGGACAUCUCAGUGUGGUACAGUUCCUCAUCAAGGUCGGGGCCAAGGUGGAGGACAGGGGUGAGGACGGGAUGACCAGUCUGCACUACGCAGCCAAGGCAGGAUACAUAGACAUUAUACGUCACAUCCUAGAGACCAAGCAGCUUAAUGUCAAUGUGCAGGAUGACGGUGGCUGGACGCCCAUCAUCUGGGCCACCGAGUCGCUGCUGACCGAUGUGGUCAAGUAUCUGCUGUCUCAGGGCGGGGAUCCCAACCAGAAGGACAAUGAGGAGAACACAGGCCUUCACUGGUCAGCCUACUCGGGCAGUCUGGAGAUUGCUGAGAUGUUCCUGGACAUGGGCUGUGAAAUGGACACUCCUAACGAGCAUGGCGAUAGAGCACUCCACAUUGCAGCCAGACAAGACCACUAUGACAUAGUGGUACUGCUUCUAGCCCGUGGUGCAGACGUGGACACCAAAAACAACAAGGAUGAGACGCCUGUCGAGGCGUGCAGCAACAAGUGUGGGCCAGUAUGGACUUCCCUCAAGGUCAACCAACAGUUACGCAGCUUUGCAGCCAGGAAACUGAUUCAGCCUGAGAAACUGCUGGAAAGGGACAUGACCAUGGGCCGAGAGAAGAACCCCAUCGCUUGUGUGAACGCAGAAGACAACGAAGCGUGCCCAACGGACUUUCUGUAUGUGGUGGAGAAUGUGGAGACUUCGCCUCUCAACAUCAACGGCAUUAUCACCAGCCUACAGAGUUGUCGCUGCAAGGACGACUGUGCCUCCAUGUACUGUGUAUGUGGUCGCAGUAGUGUCAAGUGUUGGUAUGAUAAGAGUGGUCGUCUGCUGGAGGAAGUGAACCUGGUGGACCCGCCGCUGGUGUUUGAGUGUAAUCGAGCCUGUCGCUGCUGGGUCAACUGUAACAACCGAGUGGUGCAGAAUGGAAUCACGUGUCGGCUUCAGCUGUUCCGCACAAACGGCCGGGGCUGGGGGGUCCGCACUCUGAUGGAUGUGCCCAAAGGAACUUUUGUCUGCGAAUACAUUGGUGAGCUGAUCUCUGACUCGGAGGCCGACAGAAGGGAAGAUGACUCCUACCUCUUUGACUUGGACAAUAAGGAUGGAGACACGUACUGCAUUGACGCUCGUCGCUAUGGUAACAUCAGUCGCUUCAUCAAUCAUCUGUGCGAGCCAAACCUGAUCCCGGUGAAAGUGUUUGUGGAACAUCAGGACCUGCGGUUCCCACGCAUCUGCCUCUUCUCCUCAAGGGACAUCCAGGCUUACGAGGAACUAGGGUUUGACUACGGUGAGAAGUUCUGGAUCAUCAAGUGGAAGCACUUCACCUGCGCCUGCAACUCCAGCAAGUGCAAGUACUCUAGUGAGACCAUCAAGAAGACUCUGGCUGAGUACAAGCUACGCUACCCCGACGAGCAGGUGGAUAGUUAAUGGUCAGUGGAUGGUCAGUUCAAGCUACCUUAUCUGGACGAGCCGAUGGAUAGUUAUUGGUCAGCGGAUGGUCGGUGGAAGCCUUGCUACCCCGGCGAGUAGGUGAAUAGUGAAUGGUUAGGGUCAUUUCCAGGCGGUAGUCUGCGCAAGUUGUGCUGCCUUGAUGACCUUGAGUGGACCUUGGCCACUACCUUCUUUACAAGUUGCACGGCCCGGUCGAUUGGGCAGACAGUUAGUAGUUUGUGGUCACUACUGCUUCACAGUUCAGGACCGAGUGAGUGGAUCGUUGUUGGUGGUGGUCAGUGGUUCUUAUCUGAGGUGGUUGUUUUGAAUUAUUACCCAGGCUGGGGGUUGGGGGGGAGGGGGUGUGGGGGGUCGGUGGUCAGUAGAUCAAUGAACAGAUGUACAGUUUGUUGUUAGUUCAAGCUCUGUGUCACCCUUAUGGACAGAGGUCAGUUGUUGAAAGUUACGCAAUUCCAAAUGGACGGAUGGAGUUGGGCAGUACAAGCUGUGCUGUCUGAUUGAAUGUGAAGGUCACUUGAGUACCCUGAUGGUUGUGUUGGUCACUCGAGUACCUGGAUGUUGACUGUGAUGGUCACUACUUUAUGCUGGACGUGUGUUUGUGUGUUCACUGAUGUGGCUAUGGCUGUGUGGAGGCUACUGAGUCCAGCAAUUCCGGUCUGUCAUUAUUGCAUGAUAUAAACUGUACAGCCUUCCCUCUUCCGGCCACAAACGCCCUUCCUUUCAAUGCUUGUCGACGGGGAAGAAAGACUUUUUUAAUUUGUAGGUCACAGAUGUCCCUGGUGCGGUUUGCUCUCUUCUUUUCUAUCUGUCGUUGUCUCAUCUCUUUCUUUCUUUUGGUAAGUGUUUUA